UUUUACGACAGUCGUAUUACGGCGGCCGGUGUCGUACAUUUUGCAGAAUCACCAUGGCGUUGAAAGAGACUGCGGGUCUGUAUGAGACUCUCAAAGCAGAAUGGAACAAGAAAAACCCAAACCUGAGCAAAUGUGGAGAGCUUCUUAGCAAACUUAAGAUUUCAUUACUGGAGCUGAACUUUUUACCUACCACUGGGUCUGCGCUCACCAAGCAGCAGCUCAUUUUAGCUCGUGAUGUCCUUGAAAUUGGAGCCUUGUGGAGUAUCCUGAAGAAGGACAUCCCAUCCUUUGAGAGAUACAUGGCGCAGCUGAAGUGUUACUACUUUGAUUACAAGGAUGAACUGCCUGAAGCUGCUUACAUGCACCAGUUACUUGGACUGAACUUGCUCUUCCUGCUCUCACAGAACCGUGUGUCUGAGUUUCACACAGAACUUGAGAGAUUGAGCGCACGAGACAUUCAAACCAACGUAUACAUCAGACACCCGGUGUCCUUAGAGCAGUACUUGAUGGAGGGAAGCUACAACAAGGUAUUCCUCGCCAAAGGCAACAUCCCUGCUGAGAGCUACACCUUUUUUAUAGAUAUCCUGCUUGACACAAUUCGUGACGAGAUCGCAGGUUGCAUAGAGAAAGCAUAUGAGCAGAUCCAGUUCAGUGAAGCUACCCGUGUGCUGUUCUUCAGUUCCCCAAAAAAGAUGACAGACUAUGCCAAGAAGAGGGGAUGGAGUUUGAGCACAGACGGCUAUUACUCUUUCACCAGUCAGCAGCAGCGGACAGAAGAGGUGACCAUCCCCUCCACGGAGCUGGCACAACAGGUCAUCGAAUACGCACGACAGCUGGAAAUGAUUGUGUAAUCCGCCCCCAGGAACACUCUCAGCCAUGUACAGACACACUCAGACAAACACGCCACCGAUCCAGUGUACAUCCAGUCAACUCAGAUGCAGUUUCACUAAGGGAUAUGACUUCAUUUAUUCACAGAGUGGUUGAUUUGUUGCCCAUACCUUAAAAAUCAAUCAACGUUUACUUUUCCUGUUUUCAUGAAUCCAUCUGCAGGUCCUCCUGUGCUUUUGUUUUAAUAGAUGGGAACAAAACACAAAGUGUCACAGUAUCAGAUUAUCUGUCUUUUAUGGAAGAUAUUUGAGGGUUUAAUAGUUCAUUAUUUUAUCCAAGAUGCUAUCUGUUCUACAUUCAAAUUCAACUUUUUAUGCAUCAUUCCCAGGUAGUGAUGGAAAAACAGGAAUUCCAUGUUCCGCUACUUCAUUUAGAAACCUUGGGCCUUUGUUCGUUUACAACUACAACAGAGCUCAUUAAAAUCACCACUCUGUGACUCUGGCUUUCGGUGUCACACAACUGUCAGCACACCUCAACCUUUUUUUUUUUAUACACAAAGUUUUCUUCUUAGUCGAACUCUCAGACAUUCAUUGCCCUUGCCUUGUAUCCGCAAUCGAAAGAUUUGCCAUCGAAGUUUGUGUUUUCUAAAGAGUAAUGUCUCUUCCUCAUUAGAUGGUUUGUAAUCCAGUUGAUCUUACAAUGCAAAUCUUUGUCUGCAAUAAAUGAUCCAGAAAAUAAAGUUUUUGAACGAC